AUGCAAGGAGAACAGGAGCCAGCUGCAGAGCCAGAUCCACAGCACGAGGAGGAGGAGCAGCGUGGCCAUGCAGAAUGCGAUCAAGCAGAACAGCAGAGCGAUCUCGACAACACCCAGAUGCAGACUCAAGAUGUUCGUUCAAGUGGCCUCUCAAAGCGGCAGCGGCAACGUCUUCGGCAGCGGCAAGCUUGUGAGGAGGCGCGGGCAUCUGGUCGUAAGCCUGAGCGGCAGGCAACGAGCCAGGUGCCUUCUCAAGAGGCACAGGCCCCCCGAUCAAAUGUCAAAGCAGUCGCAACCACGGAGCUUCCUGGUUGCCACAGCAUCGCUCCCGUCACAUCAAACGCCCAACCAACAACAAUGCCUGCGGCAGACGCGCCAGCAAAUGUGUCAGUUGCAGACGCAGAGCCAAAGAUGCCGAAGGAGCCAAAUGCUGGAGAGGUGGACAGCACAGUACUGAUGCCAUCCUUUGCGGACAUCGUCGCCGGAAGACCUCCGAGGCCGCCUGGCGAAGAGCCAGAGUACAUGGAGGUAAGCGGGCCCAUGCCACCUUCUGAGUUCGGUUUCCUUCCUCUUGUGCGAAAGUUGCGGGUGCUUCUAGCAUAUCGUGAUCUAAGGCAAUUUGCAGCUGAUGCUCCAGACUUUGUGCCGCUGGCAGCCAUGACUGAGAUGCCUUUUCAGGCUCAUAACAUGAUCACAGCAAGUUUGGCCGGAUGGCUUGAUUCCAAUGGAGGUCAUGACCGCUUCAGCAUAUUCUGCGCUUUGGGCACAAGCUGGUCUCUCGUCAUCCUCAAGAAGAGCCAGGAGAGGACGGAAGAGCCGCAGAGAGGCUUGCGAUAUAGAGAACAUGACUAG